AUGGGAAAUACUAAUUCACAAAAUGACCAUAAUAACAAAAGUUUAAUGUUACUUAAUGAUAAUUAUCCUCAUAUAUUUCCAAAAAUAGAUGAAACUAACUAUACAAAAAAUGUUAUAGACACACAAAUUGUAACUUAUAAUGAUAUUGAGAUUGUUAAAAAAGCUAACAUAAUAGAAAAUACAGAAAAUGAAUAUAAUAAAUUACGUAAAAAAAUCAUUGAUGAUUUAAUUAAAGAAAACGAAAUAUACAUAAAUAGCCAAAAGGAAACAUUAAAUAAAUUCAAAGAUCCAAAUUUAAAAAUUACAGAAAAUAAUAAUGAAUGUUUUUAUGAUGAAGAUAAAAUAUAUAAUUGCCUUAAAAAUAUGAAUCAAUCUACAUCCAAUUUUGUUAAUUUGUAUAGCCGAUGUUGUAGAUAUUUGAGAAACUAUGAAAGUUGUGUUCAAAAAAUACAAAUUUAA